CUGAUCAUGCUCGAUCCCAGUUCUUUUAAAAUUUCUAUGGAUCAGAUUCCUGCCAGUCUGGCGAGCUCCAGAGAGCAAGGGGUCUUCCUAAAUAUAUAUGUUCUACACAUGUCUGUUUUUUACUGAUUUUGUCAUGUUCUACGUUAGAAUAUCUUGGACAGGCACUUGAUGGCAGUCCUAGAGAUGUGGCAGAGGGACCUAAGGUCCUGCAUACAAUUGCCCAACUGAUGAGGCCCCCUAUUGCAGCGGUGGAGGCCAGAAAUUCAAGUCACCAGGGCAACACAAAUGAUGGGAAUUGCAAAGUGGAUCAAGCACAAGCUGCUCACCACAAAAUUACCAUACAAGCAUCUUGUAUGCCGCUUAUGUUCAAGAUAUUUUCCCUUCGAUCACUUCAAACAACAGAUGCCUCAAAAACCUUCUUAAAAGCUUGGUGUUGCUCGUCUGCAAAAUCACGUUAUUUCAAAGAGUGUUUGUUGGUAAAUCAUAGAGGGAACUUCAAGUUUUGGUCAACUAAAAUGACAGAAACGUUGAAAAAGAAAAAAGCUUCUCAUGAGAUUUUGAGUGCACGUAGUUAUGUUAUUCUGACCCAACUUUCCUCUUCCUCACAAUAUCAAACUCAAGAUCCGAAAGGGGGAGCAGUGAAAAGGGUAAAGCGGGGAAACGAAGGGGGAAGAAAGGAGCCGAAGGACAAAACAGAACCCAUCAAAUCUGAAGACCACAACGCUGGACAGCAGCAGCAGCGGGCCAGUGGCAACAGUGCUCCAGGCACCAGGCGGUCCAGGCCUUUAUUUUCCGGCCCCAUGGCCGUGUCCCACAACCGGAAAACCAAACGUACAUUGUGGAUCCCACGCCAGCCAGCAGCAUCAAACCUUCACCAAGACAGACGGGGGAAGUUUCAGGUCACCUGCCGGUCCAUUCCCGUGGGCGUGUUGCAUGCGAGUGACAGGUUAUCUAAGAUAAGUUUUUCUAGCUCAGACAAAGUACGUUCCGUUGAUAUAGAUCAUACAAGCCUUUUAGAAGAAAAGUUUACUACAUGCCUGACUGAUGAGGCUAGAACUUGAGACAGACCAUCUCACUUUUUAUGCUUUUGACACG